AUGGCAGAAAGAAUAGUACCAUUGGAGAUAAAUUUGGUACGCUAUGAUACUCCUGUAUUAGUUACUCAACGCGAAGAAAAACUACCUAAAAAGGUUCGUGAAUAAUCAAAUCUAAUCGGUAUGUUGUUGAUAAGAUUAAUUAAUUAAAUAAUUAAUAGAAACUCAAAGGGAAAGACGGUUUAGUAUCAAACCAAAAAAUUAAAGAAUCCGAUGAAAUUCUUAACUGUAUUAUACCACCAAGAGAAUGGGAAGCAAAUGGAAAUCUAUGGAGACAAAAAGUUUCAAGUCAGCCAGCUACUAGAAUGGAUGUAAUUAAAUUGACAGAAAUGAUGAAUAUGAGUUUACAACAUUUGCAGGCACGAGAAACAGGUAUUUGUCCAACUAGAAGAGCUCUCUACUCUCAGUGUUUUGAUGAGAUGAUUCGUCAGGUUAGUUAUACAUUAAAUAAAAAACUAUUAGAACUUUAGAUAUUAUUAAAUAUGUUUAUUUUUUACAAAAUAUGCAUUUUUAGAUUACUAUCAAUUGUGCAGAAAGUGGACUUUUAUUAGUUAAAGUUCGCGAUGAGUUUAAAAUGACAAUGGACGCGUAUCGGUUAUUAUAUGAGAAUACAAAAGAAAUUAGAAUAAAAAAAUCAUUGUCUGCAGAACUCAAUAUGCUAGACAUGCAAGAUCGAUUGACUGAAAUGGAAGCUAUUAAGCAGAAAACUGAAGAUAAUUUAGCAAUAGCGAUUGCAAAGUAUGAAAUAGCUCAACGACAAGGGACGGAACAACGAAUUGCCGAACAGCAAAGACACAAUGAUGAGAUCAAUUUUUUAGAACGAACCAACCAGCAACUAAAAGCACAAAUAGAAGGAAUCAUAGCUCCAAAAAAAUAA